GCAACCGGAACGUCAAAUUCCCUUUGGGGACGUGCGGCUGCCCCCACCCCUGGAUUACAGUAAAGAAAUCUCCGAAGGGGACGAGGUGGAGGUGUAUUCCCGCGCCAACGAGCACGAACCCUGCGGCUGGUGGCUGGCCAGAGUCCGGAUGAUGAAAGGGGACUUUUAUGUCAUAGAGUACGCGGCUUGCGAUGCCAUCUACAACGAAAUUGUCACCUUGGAGCGAUUGCGGCCCGUCAACCCCAGCCAAGUGGCCACCAAGGGCAGCUUCUUCAAGUGCACCAUCGCCGUCCCGGAAGAUCUCAAGGAGGCGUUGAUAAUCACUGGUCUACCCUCUUCCGCCCUUCAGACCCCCGAAGCCUGCAAGCAGGCCAGGAGCUUCCUGGAGUUCUCAGAGGAUUCGGUCCAAGUGCCCAGGAAUCUGGUCGGAAAAGUGAUAGGGAAGAACGGGAAGGUCAUCCAGGAGAUUGUGGACAAAUCCGGCGUGGUGAGAGUACGGGUGGAAGGGGACAAUGACAAGAAGAACCCUCGGGAGGAGGGCAUGGUGCCCUUCAUCUUUGUGGGGACGCAGGAGAACAUCAGCAACGCCCAGGCCCUGCUGGAAUACCACCUCUCCUACCUCCAGGAAGUGGAGCAGCUGCGCCUAGAGAGGCUGCAGAUCGACGAACAGCUGCGCCAGAUCGGCCUAGGCUUCCGGCCCCUCUCGGGUCGCGGGGAUAAAGAGCGGGGCGGCUACACCACGGACGAGAGCAGCUCCUCCCUGCACAGCACCAGGACGUAUGGCGGCAGCUAUGGCGGGCGUGGCCGUGGAGGUCGGCGGGGAGGCAAUUCUGGCUACGCUACCAACUCGGAAGUCUCCAACGCCUCCGAGACUGAGUCAGAGAAGAGGGAGGACUACGAUUGCCCGCCCCCCGGGGAGCGAGAGCCCCGCCCGGAGGACGGGCGUCGGCGGCCGGGGCCCGGGCGAGGCCGGGGUCCUGCUCCAGCCUCUCGUGGGAACAGCACUAGCAACAGCAAGUACAACACCUCGUCGAUCAGCUCAGUCCUGAGAGACCCGGACAGCAACCCUUACAGCCUGCUGGAGAACCCCGAGAACGAGCCGAACGCCGACACAGACGGCAGUGAGUCGCAGGGGCCCGGCAACCGGCGGCGCCGCUCGCGCCGGCGCCGCACCGACGAGGAGACCACCGUCAUGGAUGGAGGCCUGGAAUCGGACAACACCUCCGUCAACGAGAACGGCAUGGAGGAGGAGUCGAAGCCACAGAGACGUAACCGCAGCCGGCGGCGCCGUAACCGUGCUAACCGCCUGGAGAGCUCCAUCAGCCGGGACCGCCAGCCGGUGACCGUCGCAGACUACAUCUCCCGUGCGGAGUCUCAGAGCCGCCAGGGACCCCCCCGCCGGGAAAGCCAGGAGAAGACCCCCGAGGGCGGAACCUCCCCCAAGCAAAAGGGGGAGGCAAGCAGCAAGAUGGUCAAUGGCCCUUCGGAGAAUGGGGAGCACAGCGCCGCGGCCGGCGGGGGCGAGGCGGAGGUGGCCUCCCUGGUCAAUGGGGUGUCCUAAGGGGUCCCAGGGCCGCCCACCCCAGCCGUCCUCCUCCUCUUCCUCCUCCUUGCCGUGAAACGAUCCUUCCCGCAAGCUUGUGCAACCCCCAGAGAAAUGAAAGGCCGCCACUCGUCUCAUUCAAAGAAAACAAACCACAGUCACCACCAUUCUUUAAAACCAGGAACAACAAACCAACAUCCCCUGGGCCUCACCCCCACCACCCCCUCCCUUCUCCAGAUAUUUCCUCUCCCAAGCUUGCCAAAGACCGUGGGGGUGGGGGGGAAC